AUGGACCCGUCCGCAAGACGGGAUCCGGAGCUUGAGCAUUCCGCGGAGAGCGCGCCGCGGGAGCCUGCGCCUGCCGAGCCUCGGCCACGACUGCCUGCGCAUCCCUCCGCAAGCGAGCCCGUUCACCGAUUCGAGCGGGUGCAGACUCUUCCCCAUCAGCCAGCCUCGCGCCUCUCCCCCCCUGAGUAUUCGUGGGCUCCUGCGCGUGUAGCGUCGAACCGUCCUGACGGUCAGCAGCCGCAGCAGCGCGGGCGCUCGCCUCAGCGUCAUCCCCAACGGCAGCCGUCUCCUCGUCGCCUAUCUCCCGCGCGUCGCGAACACUAUCAGCGCAGGGAGGGGGAUCCGCGCUCCCCUGAGCGUCCUCGCUCUCCUCGGCGCCCGUCUCCUCGUGGUCGAGCAGGCCAGCGCUCACCCCGAGCGCGAUCCCCCGCUCAACAAUCACCUCGGCGAGCUCCGGCGACGCGGGGGAAGGGGUCGCCUGGGCGUCGCUGGGAAUCAGGUCGUCGCGAGCCGUCCCCUCCGCGUCCGAAUUCGGGUGGUUCCGCUGGGCGGCGGGGCCGGCGGAAUGGCGGAGGGCGCGGCUCAUCUGGCCGCCAGCCGGAUCCUGCUCUUGAUCACGCUGCGAACACAUUCGUGGAUGUGGUGCGGCAGGCCCGGGCGAGCGGGGGGCCGACUCACGUUCACAUCGAGGUGACAAAUAACCCUCCCUUUGCCGCGGAUCCCGGCCCGGUGGCCCCACUGCGCGCGCCGAUGUUGGCCGAGUAUCUGCCCGCGCGGGUGGGGAGACCCGACUAUCGCUCCCCUCGUCAGGUUCCUGGCUUCUCCGCUGGGUGCUUGACUGUUGGCCGCGUUCCUGGCUGGUCGGCGUCGUUUCCGCUCGAAGAGCAGACUGCACCUCACCCCAAUCCCGUGGGGAGAGACCCCAUGCUGACCAUGUGCCGGAUAUUGAAUCUGGCGGAGGCGUGCGAGGUGGUGGCGAACUUGCAGCUGGCAGUGUGUGGGGCCACCCGGAACUUUCCGAGCAGUUUCGGUCCAGGAUCCCGAGGAUCCUGCGUGACUUUGGCAGGAUCGCUCGAGUCGCCGUUGGCGCCCGUGUCGGAAGCGCCCGCCGGGGUAGCUCCCUUAGCCCGUACUUUCCCCCGCCACGUGGGGGAUCUUGUAGGGGCUGCUCAGGCCGGGACCCCCCUGGACGUGCUCCAGUCAUCGGCGCAUCUUCUUCUUGCGGUAUCGGCGUGUAUGCGCUCGAUGCUUGAGAUGGAGGGGGCGGAGCCGUACACGAUGAACAUGCGCAGUCACACAGUGCGACGGUGCAUGGAGUCCUUAAUAGGAAUGCGAGCUUGA